GGUCCCAACCGCGUGCUGUCGGAGCGGCGCUCGGAGCAGCGGCGCCUGCUCAGCGCCAUCGGCGCGGCCGCGCUGCCGGACAGCGACCUGCUCAAGCUCAACCAGCUCAAGUUCCGGAAGAAGCGGCUCCGCUUCGGCCGCAGCCGCAUCCACGAGUGGGGCCUGUUCGCCAUGGAGCCGAUCGCGGCCGAUGAGAUGGUCAUCGAGUACGUGGGGCAGAACAUCCGGCAGGUGGUGGCGGACAUGCGCGUGAAGCGCUACGCCCAGGAGGGCAUCGGCAGCAGUUACCUGUUUCGCGUGGACCACGACACCAUCAUCGAUGCCACCACGUGCGGCAACCUGGCGCGCUUCAUCAACCACUGCUGCACGCCCAACUGCUACGCCAAGGUGAUCACCAUUGAGGCGCAGAAGAAGAUUGUCAUCUACUCCAAGCAGCCCAUCGGCAUCAACGAGGAGAUCACCUACGACUACAAGUUCCCCAUCGAGGACACCAAGAUCCCGUGCCUGUGCCGCACCGAGAGCUGCCGCGGCACGCUCAACUAGCCCAGCACGCCAGCGAUGGCCCAGCCGGCCCUCAGCUGGCCCAGCUAUGGCCCAGCACACCCAACUGGCCCAGCUAUAGCCCAGCCGGCCCAGCUAUAGCCCAGCACACCCAGCUAUAGCCCAGCUGGCCCAGCUAUAGCCCAGCCAGCCCUCAGCUGGCCCAGCUGGGUCGGGGUUGGGCUCCAGGGUUGGCUUGGGGCGGCCGCCGUUGGGGUUUGGCCCCCAGGGUCGGUGGUUGGGUGCCGCAGUUGGCCUGGCAUCGGUUUGGCCACCAGGGGUGGCUUUUGGCCACUGUUUGGCUGCCACCAUUGACCUUCGAUCACCGGGGUUGACCUUUGGCCACCAGGGUCGGUGCGUGGCCGCCAAAAUUGGCCUUUGGUCACAGUUUGGCCACCAGGGUCGGUGUUUGGCCACCACUGACCCAAGGACGCCAGGAGCCGCCCUUUGGCCACCGUGGGUGACCAGAGGGGACACCGUGGGUGACCUUUGGCCUCUGUGGGUGACCGUUGGCCAGAGAGGCCACCCCGGGUGACCUUUGCCCACCCCUGCUGACCUCAGGGGCCACCACUGAUGACGUCAUUGGCGUGACCACGCCUUGGGGACGCCGUCACCAUCGACCCCUCCCCCAGCGGCUGUGACGUUGCUGCCCCUCCCCCCCACCGCACAGUGCCCGUGAUGAUGUCACCGUGACAUCACGGUGACGUCACCACCCCCCACCACCCCCCCCCGAAAAAGGCUCUUUUCCUCCCUUUUUUUUUUGGCUGUUUCUUGUAGAAACUCGGGGCGUGUCUGGG